AUUUCUAUUUCAGGUUUGGCCCUCCUACUGCAUGUGCAGUUAGGUUCUUCUUUCAAAUUGGUAUGCUACUUUACUAACUGGGCCCAGUACUACCCUGGAGCUGCGAAGUACAUGCCAGAUAAUGUGGACCCCUGCAUGUGCACUCAUCUGAUUUACGCCUUUGCCACCAUGACCAACAACCAGAUUCAGACGUUUGAAUGGAAUGAUCCAACCCUCUAUGCUUCCUUCAAUGGCCUGAAAAAAUACAACAGUGAAUUGAAAACACUUCUGUCUGUCGGAGGCUGGAACUAUGGAACCUCUGGGUUUAACACCAUGGUUUCCAGUUCUGCAAACCGUCAGACUUUCAUCAAUUCUGUAAUCAGUUUUCUGAGACAGUAUGGGUUUGAUGGCUUGGAUAUUGACUGGGAGUAUCCUGGAGACUCAGACAGAGGAAGUCCUCCACAAACCCAACAGCUCUUCUCUGUCCUGCUGCAGGAAAUGCAAGCUGCGUUUGUUCAGGAAGCAAGUCAGACCAACAGACCUCGUCUACUCAUGUCUGCAGCAGUAUCUGCUGGCAAGUCAACAAUUGAAAAUGGAUACCAGAUUCCACAGUUAUCUCAAUACUUGGACCUCAUCAAUGUAAUGACAUAUGAUCUGCGUGGUUCAUGGGAAGGGUUCACAGGAGAGGACAGUCCCCUUUUCCAGGGCCCAGCUGAUCAGGGUGGUUAUAUCUACUUCAAUGUGGAUUAUGCUAUGAAUUACUGGAAGAAUAAUGGAGCUGCACCAGAAAAGCUUAUGGUCGGGUUCCCAGCCUAUGGACGAACCUACACACUUUCAGAUCCUUCUAACAAUGGUCUUGGUGCCCCAACUUCUAAUGGAGGUCCAGCUGCUAAAUAUACACAGGAAGCUGGAUUUAUGGCAUACUUUGAGAUUUGUGGAUUUUUGAAUGGAGCUACAGAGGUGUGGAACAGUCCUCAAGAAGUCCCUUAUGCCUACAAAGGAAGUGAAUGGAUUGGAUAUGACAACCCAAAGAGUUUCAAGAUCAAGGCAGAGUGGCUAAUGAAGAACAACUUUGGAGGUGCUAUGGUAUGGGCUCUUCCCCUGGAUGACUUCAGUGGCAAUUUCUGUGGCCAAGGCAAAUACCCUCUGAUGAGCACACUGAAAUCCACUCUGGGGAUAUCUUUCCCAAAUUGCCAGACACCAACUAUAACAGUAGCACCAGUAUCAACAUCAGCAGGCAGCAGCGGAAGCAGCAGUGGUGGCAGCAGUGGAGGCAGCAGUAGUUUCUGUGUCGGAAAAGCAAAUGGCCUUUAUUCAAAUCCAAACAGCAAAAGUGGCUUUUUUAACUGUGUAAAUGGAAAUACCUACCAGCAAUCCUGUCAGACAGGUUUAGUGUUUGAUACCAGCUGCUCUUGCUGUAAUUGGGCAUAA